AUGCCGUCCACAUCCAAACCCCCUCCCUCCCCAGUCCCCCCCUCCAAAAUCGACGCCCUCUCAGCCAAAUACUUCUCCCCAUUCUUCAAACCCCAGCGCCUCUACACCGACCCGAAACCCCCGAGUCUGGCAUGGAGCAAGCUCCCCCCGCCCGCGGCGGAGGUUGACGAGCGGCCGAGGGGGAGGGUGAGGAGGUGGAAGGUGUGGGGGCAGGCGGCGCCGGAGUUGAGGGUUGUGGUGCUUGAUCCGAGGAGGAGAGGGUGGUUGGUGAGGUAUCGGAGUUUUGUAGUACCAAGCCCGCCGGACGGUGAACACGCCCGGCUGGAACCUUCGAGACGACCGUUUGUGAUAGCGCCUCAGGCCUUUACACCUUCGACAUCGACUACAUCCAAAACCAAAACCCAAACCAAAACAACCUCUCAACCCCCACCCAUCCGUCCUCGCCCGGCAUCAGCAACUACAACGAUCGAGCCAAAACUAUCCAAAAAGGAACGUGCGCGCCAACACGAGAAGCUGCUGGAACACAAAUGGGUGUUGGACAUGGAACAUGAGCGGCGGUUCAGGAUUGGGAUGGGGGCUAUGAUGAAGCUUGUGAUGUGCUUUCAGGAGGGGAAUACUACAGAAUUCUUCAAAGCCAUCCGCAAAAACUCCAACAACAUCUUUUCGUACGUCGACCCCAGAUAUCUGGCGCCUGUACCUAUGCGCGAGGAGGUGCAUAGGGAGGUGAAGAGGUAUGAGAAGACGGAGAAGAAGAGGAAGAAGAAGAAGGAGGAGAAGAAGAGGUUGGGGAAGGAGAAGGAGGAGAAGGAGAGGGAGGAGAAGGAGAAGGAGGAGAAGGAGAGGGUGUUGGUGAAGGAGAGGGAGAGGGAGAGGGAGAGGGAGAGGGAGAGGGAGAGGGAGAGGGAGAGGGAGAGGGAGAGGGAGAGGGAGAGGGAGAGGGAGAGGGAGAGGGAGAGGGAGAGGGAGAGGGAGAGGGAGAGGGAGAGGGAGAGGGAGAGGGAGAGGGAGAGGGAGAGCGAUGCUCGGAAGGCUGCUGUCAAGCUUGAUGCUCAAGGUCAAAAGCUCUCGACCAUGAGCAAAGAAUACGAAGACCUCCCUAUGGUGCGAGUAACCCGUUCCCGAGGAUCCCCUCGAUCAUCAUCCCCCACCUCCCCUCGGCCGAGUAGGAGUCCAUCAGUGUUCAACGACCCUGUCCUGAAAGAUACAAGGAAACUUAUACAAGAGUUGUCAGAGACGGGGGAUGUGGAGAUUGCGCGGCUUGUGAGAAGGCUUUGUCGGUUGAGGGAUACGAGGGUGGAUCUUCUGAGGAGGGCGGACGAGAGGGAGAGGAGGAGAGGAGAGAGGGGGAGGGAUGAAGCCGGAACGCAAAGUAGAAGAGGUGAAGCCAAGGUCGAUCUCAUGGGAGCUCGUCGCGAAUCCGAGCGAAGCACCUCAUCAGUGACGAGUGCGACAACAUUAUCCGAAGGCAAGAGUACACCAAGCCCAUCUUCGUCGUCUCCUUCCAUCAUCGCCCCCACCCCCCGGCACGCCCGUCGUCCCCGGCAUCACACCCGCACCCCAUCCCUCUCAUCCUCUCCCAUCCAGCUCCGCGCAGGCUCACUCAACAUCGACGACGAUACCGCCCUCCCUUCAUCCCUCCUCUUCCCUGGAACUGGAACUGAACCUGAGCCUUCUAUAUCAGACUCGGCUAUAUCAUUCCCGUACUCUGACGGGCAACGGUCAGAUGUGGAUAGUCUUGAUUCAAGAGCUAGUUUGUCGGAGGGGGAGGAUGGUGCUGGGUGGAAUACAGAGGUGGAUUUGAUGAUUGCGCGAGAAGGUGGGUAUGGAGAGUAUGGGACGUUGGAUGAUGGGGAGAUCUUGUGCAACUUGACGGAGAGUGCGAUCACGAUUUGA